CAUGACGUCUCCUGUAGCCAGAGUUCAGUAACAACAUCAGUGUGUGCUGUUAUUCUAAGUUUCAUAGGAACAUUUAAAGCUCCUCUAUGGGCUCAUUGCUUCCCGCAGCGGCUCCACUUAUUACUACUAAUGUGAAGUGACCGCUGCUGUCAUGUCUCCGACCAUGGCUCAGAUCAGUGAUCCAAAGAUUGCGUUUGCCUACCUGCGCCCGGCCUGUGUCCUACUCACCAAGGAGCCCACUGUGACCAAUGUGGAGACACUGAGCGCCCAGCUGAAAGAAGUCAACGAUGCCACAUUGCAGCAGCUCCAAGAGUACGUCCUCUUCCCUCUUCGCUUCGUCCUUAAAGUCCCUGGGCCCAAGAAGGACAAACUGGUGCAGGCUGUGGCUGAGGCCAUGAGCCAGGUCCUGGAGAACACUUGUGUCCAGAGCUGGGAGACCCUCCAAGGCCUCUUCUCAGAGCUUUGCCUCUGCCUGUGCUCACCAACCGAUCCUGGGAAACCUGCAGAUACAUCGGAGGAGCUGAAAUCGGCUGUGCUGAGGUGCCUGGAUGCACUGCUUCAUGCUGCUUAUGGUGAUAUAGUCUUCAAACUCUUUGAACCCAUUAUGCUGCCUGGACUGGGAGCUGCCAUAUCACUACUGCUGGCUUUAGGAGAGAAAACAAAAUCUCGAGGUAUACAGGCAGCAGCGUUGAAGUGCCUCCAGGCUUUGACUCUGCAGUGUGACUGCACUCAGGAGCACAUAGUCCCAUCCUCAGAGGAGAGAUGUGCUAUAGGCAGCACCAUGGCUUCAUUCUUACCCGGGAUCACUACUGCUGUCGCACGGAUCAUUACAGGAGAUUUGAGACAAGGCCAUGCAGUCACAGUCAGGGCCAUCAAGGUUUGGUCCAGGACUGUGGGGCUUGUCAUGGAAGACGCCCAGCUUCAGGCCAGUGACCCCGGGAAGACGCCAUCACCAGACCUGGGGAGAAUUGGACAGCUGGUGGUCCGUCGGACACAAGACUGGGUGAAGAGCACAGCAGGGAAACUGUCUGUGCUCCUGAAGAAGAUCAUCUCCUGCACUUCGGCUCACCAGCACUGGAGGGUUAGACUAGAGAUGGUGGAGCUGGAUGACCACCUGCUGGCCAGGUGUAGCCAGUCACUGGGAGAGUGUGUGGGGCCGCUACUGGAAGCACUGGUGGGAGCAGUCAAUGAUGAGGAGCCCAGAGUCAGAAAGAGGUGUGAGGCCGCUCUCAGGGAGGUAUCACAGAGGAAUCAGAGCGGUAGCAGCAACAGUAAAAGCAGCAGCAGUGCUCAAACCUUCACUGACGUGCUUUCAGAGAAUCUCCACUCUUUGACCACCUCCCUGCCCAGACUGAUGAGGACCUCUGAUGACCAGAAGAAGCUGUUUGUACUCAAUGUGUUUCUGGGAUAUUUAAAAGUCCUGGGGCCGCUGGUCUCUGUGGUACUAAACUCAGCUGCACAUCUUCAGAGGAUUUCCAAAGCCUUGAUGCAGGUGCUGGAGCUGGAUGUGAUGGAUGUUCGCAUUGUGGAGGAAAGGAGUUACGCUGCUAUCAUAGAGACAAACGCAGACUCUCAUGAUUCCCACACGGCUCACAUACAGAGGAAGCAUUUUCUCUACUUCACAGACGAGAAGAUCCUAUCUGUGCUCAUGGAGAUCUGUCGAACAUUAGGUUACUAUGGCAAUAUUUACCUGCUGACAGAUCACUUCCUUGAUCUGUACCAACAGUCAUCAGCAUACAGAAAGCAGGCUGCCAUGGUGCUGAAUGAGAUUGUCAGGGGCGCCGCAGGCAUAGCCGUGGCAACAGAGGCCCAGGGUUUGGAGUGUCACGUUCAGGGAUACUCUGCCACCCAGGAAGACCUUAAGGUGGCAGUGGUGUCAGUCAUGGAGGAAUACACCAGUCUGAAGAACUGGCACUUGAUUACUGUCAGUGAGGAGACGGAGAGAGACAGACAGGACCAGCAGCUGCUCAGCCCAUCGAAACUCCUCUCCAUAUCAAACAGUCAUCUCAGCAACACUAUUGCAGACUCUCUUCAAGUGAUUCCCUCUUCUUUUGCCUCCGCGUCUCCCUCAUCGUCAACCUCCACAAUCCACCAGCUCAAUAGCAACAUCUGGCAGCUGUGUAUCCAACUUGAGGGCAUCGCCUGCUUUGCCGAGGCCUUGGGGGGUGAUUUUCGUCCCUUAUUGAUGACAUCGCUGUAUCCCGUACUGGAGAAAGCCGGGGAGGAGACACUGCUUGUCAGCCAGGCAGCGCUGGCCUCCAUGUGGGACAUCAGUAAAGCCUGUGGCUACGCCUCCCUGAAGGAGCUGAUCAAUGAGAACUCAGACUACCUGCUCAAUGACAUAUCAGUUAACCUGCAGAGGCUCAGCCAGCAUCCACAGGCUCCGCGGGUGUUGACAGUGAUGUUAACUCACUCUGACUGCAGCCUGCUGCCUCUGGUCAGGGACAUCGUUCAGGAUGUGCUGAUGGCUCUGGAUCUCAGCUACGACCACACAGCUGCUCUUUUCUGCUCCGUGUUGCAUGCGCUGAUGAAGGCACUGGCGAGGUGGUUUCCCUCCAGUUGUGGUAGGACCAGCAAGUCUGCCGGACCCAAACAGACCACCGUUCACAAGGAAGUCUUUAACAUCCGACAAUUCCUGCUGGAUCACCGCAAACAGAAAGAGCUGGCAGAGGGCAUUGGAAUAGAGGAGGACGAUACUGAAGACCUUGAAGUCCCUCCUCCCACGGAGUGUGAGGAUGUUGAAGAUAUCUGCGGUCCUGAUGUGAAGGCAGAGCUUCCCUCCCACCUUAGCAUUACUAAAGAUGUUAUGGAGCGCUGCAUUCAUCUUCUGUCCGACCCCAGUCUCAUGCUCCGGCUCAAGGUAUUGGAUGUGCUGGAGCUAUGUGUGUGUGUACUGAGUGAGAAGGAAAAUGAAUUGCUGCCUAUGGCUCAUCGCUGCUGGCCCGCCCUCCUACAGAGACUCACAGCUGAUGACCCUUUAGCAGUCCUCAGAGCCUUCAGAGUGCUGUGUACGCUGGGUGAAACAUGUGGUGACUUCCUGAGGAGGAGGGUUUCUAAAGAGAUUCUGCCCAAGUUGAGCUCCUCGCUGGCACGGCAGGCUCCCAUCAGUGCCAAGGCAGGGCCUGUCUACACACACACCCUGUCCUACAAAUUGCAGCUGGCUGUACUGCAGGGGCUGGGCUCACUGUGCCAGAGGCUGGACCUGGGAGAGGCAGACCUGGAUGGUGUUUGUGAGGCCUGCCUGCCCUACCUCAGCUGUAGACAACCCAUCAGACUGCAAGAAGCCAGCCUAAGCGUUUUCCAACACUUAAUCCAGGUGGAUCCGGACACCUUCUGGUUUACUCUGAAUGAGCUGCACUGCCCGUCCUCCUACAUCCCACCCCACCCCGACCUCCAGCCCAUACAGCUGAACGGAAUGGGUCGGCCGAGAGACGAGUACUCGGACAACGUGCUCAAACUGCUGAGGGAGGAGUUUGGCUCGGUUGCUGAGUCAAUCCACCAGCCAGUCGGUUAAUGAGCUAGUGAUUGAUGUGAUUGACUCGUCUCUCAGAUGGACGGCUUAUUGAACCACUGACUCCAGCAAGUCAAUUAACUGAAGGAACAUCUGACAAUUGUGCCAAAAAGCAGCCAUCAGAUACGGUUGUGAUAACCUUCAUGGUGUACAGCGCUCUGAUAAGCAGCAAGGUACAAAGGGAAAAUGUCAACGAAGCAUCUCUACUGCUGUUCACGCCUCUGCUGUGUAGUGUAGAAACCAGGAAUCUUUCUGACAGGUCUUCUACAUUAGGAGACAUGCAGUGACAGUGUUUUUCAUUUCAUGCUUAGACAUAGACAUGUACUGUAUGCAAAUGUUAUGUUUUCUAUUCCUUUCUGUUAUUCUGAUUUUCUUAAGAAAUACCUUAUUCCUAGCUACCUUGUUUUUUUUAUUAUUCAACGCGUGUUCUUAACACGUGGGACUUUAAUACAGAUUCAUUUGGCUGUUGUUGACCCCGACAGAGAUUUUAUUGUGACCCUGAAACAUUCGUAAUUGAAAUAAUCACCACAAUACACCAACUACUAAAAAUUAUUUCAUUAUGUGUCAUGUUGCAGUUGGGGUAUUCAGCACUUGAGAACAGGGCUGUGUGUCGAGCCUCAAACAUUAUUUGACUAAAAUGUGUCUAAAGCACUGAGUAUUGAAACUUUAAAUGUCUAACUGGAUUGGAUUGGUAAUCUUUUUUACUUAAUCUUUAAAGGGGAACUCCACCGAUUUUACACAUCAACUUUACAGGUUUUGGAGGGUACCGCUUCCUUUUAUGGCUCCAGAGGGAGCUGUGUGAAGUCUGAUAAAUUGCCUUGAGUGAUGUCACUUGAGUCAGCAUCAGCAUUAUCUGUGUAUGCAAAGCCUGAUAUAACUUAUUCCUUCCCCCAUUAAAAUAACGCCACACUGUUGAACUGGCAGACAUAUUCAUUGUGAUGAACAGAACAUGGGCACUCUAGGUUAUUUUGAUUCAAUCCCAAAUACAGUGUAUGCUGCCAAAAAUGUAUCGUAGCAAAGCAAAUGUUAGGACUGCUUAAACUGUAUAUCUGGACCUGUACGUCUUCAGUAGGAACUAGUGGGCACAGUGCCACAAACAGAGAAUCAGAGUCAGUUUCAGUCUCAAAGUUUUACUAAUGCAUUGUUGGUUUUGGUCUUCUAAUGGAGUUUGCCUACAAUAAGAAAAUUGUAGAAUAAAGCCAGACUCAUUGCUUAAGAAUAAUGUGACAGGUGUAGCUAUACAAAGGAAGGAGGAACUCUUUUAGCGAGGGGGUGCCCUCACUAACCUUGCACUGAGCUGUCUUGCCACCCACAUCACACAUUGUGUUGCUGGAAGCUGCGUCAGCAUGAAAAGGUCAGGGGGCACCAGAUUGUGUACCUAUGGGGGAAGUGAACGCCCCAUGACGGAGACACUAGCCAAUCUAUCAUUAUACAUGUUAUCACUCGCAGCCCUAUAGAGUUUCAGGGAUGUUUAAAUGAAGGAAACAGGAAGCCCCCUCCAUUAUCACAUCACCUCACUGAUGGGAGAACCCGGAGCUUGCCCACCUCAUCGCUCCAUAAUGAACGUAUGAGCCUUCUAGUGUGGGGAAACAAGAUCGCCACGUGUUUUGUAUUAAGCUGGCCUGGCUAGCGAGCGCAGCACAGCGCCUCUUUAUCUCAUCCUGUGCUGUUGCUAUUUAUCCUGCUGCCAGUGCUGACAAUAGCACCAUUAGUCAUCAGCAGCAAUGGGAGGGGGGGCUUUGGCAGCACCUAUUACACACAGGCAACUGCCUAAUAUCGUUUCUCCUUAAUGCACAUGGACAGACACACACACACAGAGCAGGGGCCAAAAGUUAAACCACAGCUGACGUAGAGCUGAACCCCCACAAUAACCCUUUAUAUAUAAAUGUAUAAUGACUGUUCAGGAGGAUCUAAAUGAAAUCUAAGCUUGUUGUGGUUUUUCCCUUUUCAUAGAUCUUAAUCAACAAAGAAACAACCACAGAUUCACUGUUGUUUCAUAUACAAUUUAUUUCAUUUGAUAAAGCCAUACACUUAGUGUGAGACCAAACAUUCUAGAAGAAAUGUACAUUUUCCCUCUCUUUUUUUUAAACCGCAAACUCUUCUUUACAAAACAUCAAAUCAAAGUUACUCUUUUGGAAAAAAAACAAUCCCACUGAUCACUCCUUCCACUAAAGCACCUUCCCAGUCUACAGGGACAGGAGCACUGUAGUUCCUCUGAUGGAUAAUACAGCAGAGAAGUAAAGCCCCUCAUGGCCUUGAGACACAGACUAUAUUUUGAGGCAGUACGGACAGCCAAUUUCAGUGUUUCACUAACAACAUUUUCCUCCUGCUCCUCGCCGCUCCAGGCUUUAUCCAGUGUGUUACCCACAUUCACUUUGUCCCAUUUGAUCCCGUCAGAGUGAAGUAUUGUCUUGCGCUUCACACAAGCAUCUAAGCAAAGAGAUUAUCGUCAGGUUACAAAAUCUGCAGAAAUAAAAUGGCCUCUCAAACCUUUCAGACCAAGUCCCAAACUGCGUAAAAUGAAUCCCACAUUCAAGCUCAUUAAAACACAGCAACACUCAUGUUAGCGGCCCUGCACAUACAUUACAGUAGUUUAAGAAACACUGUUUAAGUACUAAGAUACAUUAGGGAAACCCCUUUCUGAGCAGCUAUGAAGAGGAUGUGUCAUUCAUCUGUCUGUACAGCACUUCUGGAGAGCAGUAAAGCAACAGAAAACUGCUUUGAAGAAAAAAAGAUCUCUUUUUGAUAGGACUUUUAAAGUAGAAAAAGGAGAUUGAGAACAGAAUGGACUUUUUUUUCUUUCUUUUCAAUGAACCAAACUAGUAAAUGACAAACAUGUCCUUAACUAACACAACUAACACACUGUCUUUGUGUAUGGUUGGUUGAAAAAGUUUUUAAGAAAAUUACUGAACAUGCACUCACUUUAUUUCAUAUUAUACAGUCAUAUAUACAGAGUGGAUUAGAGGCUUGUAGCGGAGUGGAUUGAGGCUUUUUAAAUGAUUGAUGAGCACUGGGCCAGAGCACUGGAAUAAGGGAGCUAAGCUGGGACAGGUAUAGCACUGCUCUUCCCAGAAAGUAUCUUGGACCAAGAUCACAUUUCUCCUAUUGAUUUAUAGUCACAGAGCGGAUUCAGAAGCACACCAAAUCAGAUUUUUAAUUUAGUGGCACAGAUUCUGAUCUUUUCACGGCUUUCCAAACAGGUGGGGUCCACACGGAACAACUCGAUUGAUUUCUCUCAGCCUGAACAGCUGUGAAUGGAUCGAACCUGCGGCACAAAGGGGGGAACAAAAAUCAUAUUUUCAGUUGCUGCUGCAAAUUCAUAAGCUCAAAAGCGCUGUGGGGGAAAAUACAACCUGUGAUGUGCUUUGUUUGAAUUGGGCACAAAUGUGGGAGAAAUCCCACACUGCCACUGCAUUUACUCCAACUUAAAUGAAUAGAGGCCAUAUCUGUCCUUGAUGAGCACUGGUGUUCCGGGACCUUGAUAUAUUCCUGCUGAAGGAAGCAGCUUCCUUUCUCCCCGCGAGUACACAGAAUAACUUGCUGAAUUUCGGGCGUAUACAAAUUUUGUAAAAAUUUUCACCAUAUUCAUGUCCAAUAUUUGAAUACACAAAUGAUGCACUGAAGCUAAGGAAUCAGACUGGACAAGGUUCCAUUCAGUGCACUCUCAGAAUAAAUAAAUAAAACAUUUUCCUUCACAGGGGCAUAGACCCAGUUACAAAAGGUAUGACAUUAUAAUUUUUUUCUGAGGGUGCAUCAAAUGACAGAGUAAGGCAGUGGAAGAAGUAUGAGUGUGAAAGCAGGGUUGUGUCAUUUACAGUAUAUAAAGUACAAGAGGAGCAUGGGUUAAUAGUAAGACAAGAGUCUGUUUUUGUCGGUGCAGAGAACAGAAACAGUGGAGCUGCUUAGAUCUACACAUCAGCCCCCCUUGCUGAAUGUUGUGAGGCCAGGCCUUACAGACAGUGAGCAGCCCGAACCCAUGCACAGCAAGAAAAAGCUACAUUCCCAGCACAGUUUACAGCACUGUGCUCUGAAUAAGCCGUACUGUACAUUUUUAGAGAUUGUGGGUUUGUGCGCAGGCUUGCACUGUGUGGGAAGAAUAGCUUUUUAUGCUGUGACACGCAUCAUGUUAUGCAAUCCUUGUGUAAUCUAUCACUCAGGUGUAAUAAACCAGCAUCUACAGCGUACAGCUU